AUGUCUGUCUAUUGGAUUGCGCUGUGGGCUGUUGUGACGAGCGUUUGUCACAACCAGGCGGAAGGAUCCGUACGCAUCACCAACUACACCGAUGAUUGGGAUGCAAAGUAUCUGGACGUGGAUUUGCGAGUACGCCGGCUAGAUAAAACGACAGCAAUCGACUUCGAUCUGGAUCUGAAGCAAGUGCUCGACAAGAAUGUGGAGUAUGAUGUGCGACUGUGCAGGAAAAUCGCUGGCAAGUACCAUCAGAUGAUGUACACCGGUAAGCAGCAGGUAUGCGGAAUGGAAACGCGACGCUCGCGGAACCUACUGGAUCGCUACAUCGCGUCAGAACUAGUAAAACACUCGAACCUCACCACACGCUGCCCGAUCUCGACCGGUCACUAUGAGCUGAUCGUGCAAGUCAACCGUGUGGAAGUCACAAACGCUAACCGCCUGGCCAACUGCACAGCCUCGGUUCGGAAAAUAGGCGCUAGUUCUAACUAUCAAUCUUAUUUCCAUAUCGUCCUGCGGCAAGCGGUCACGGAUGCGCGGGUAGGCUGAGAAGUGUUUAUCAAUUUCAGCACUUAACCCAUCGGUUGAUAAUGAAAAACGUUAAUUGG